AUGUCUGUGUUAAAUAAAAGUGCCUUAGUUACUGGAGCAUCUGGUGCUAUUGGAGGAGCAAUUUCUGAAGAAUUUCUCAAGAAUGGACUUAAAUAUCUGGCUGCUCUUGACAUUCAUGAUCUAGAACCAAAGAUUUUGAGUGAUUGGAAGUGCGCUUAUCCCAAUGCCGUUAUCAAGUACUUUCAAGUAGACGUAACUUCAAAGGAAAAACUAAAGCAGUGCUAUGAUGAAUUUUUGAAAAUGAUUCCUAGCUUAGACAUUGUUGUAAAUUCUGCUGGUAUCUUCAAUGAAGGUGAUCCAAGUAGAGUUGUGAAUGUGAAUCUAUAUGGUGUUAUUGAGUCCACUCGCCUUGCUAUAGAACACAUGAAAAUUGGUGUAGGAAAAGGUGGAACAGUUAUAAACAUAUCCUCACAUGCUGGAUUAAUAGGACUGAGUAGUUGUCCGGCCUAUGUUGCUUCAAAAAUUGGUGUAAUAGGCUAUACUCGAGCUGUCGCUUUUGGACGUGAAGAGUUAGGUAUCAAAUUCCUCACCUUGUGUCCAACGGUAACAAAUUCCGAACUAUAUGAAAAUGCCUUCCAACCUGGACAUCUUUUUAUGGCAUCUGAGAAGUCAAUAGCAUUGGCCAAAGAACUUAUUUCUCAGAGUCCGGUUGAUGUGGCAAAAGCGACCAUGAAUAUAAUGCUGAAUGCAAAAAAUGGAAGUGUCUGGGUUCUGCGCAUGGGACAGCUUUCUGAAGCUACGCAGAAUGCAAUUGCUAUUAAUUUCUGA